AUGGACAGCGACAGCGAGGCCAACCAAAUCGCCGACCAGGACUCGGUGAUCACCCAGGACAGUGAGAAUGUCGAGGACGAGGCAUUCCACUCCGAAGACCCGCCAAUUCCGUCGUACGCCAGCGGAAAGAAGACGGUAGCAUUUGACGAGAACAGGAACCAGAUCAACGAAAGACCGCUGGACGAGAGCGAGUACAGCGGCUCCUCCAGCUCGUUUGUGGCGGAUGCAGAAUACCAGAAAGGCGUGCACGCCAGAUUGGCGCUCCAGCAGGUGUUCGAGCCAGAGGAGUUCGUGACCUCGUCUCCUAUCAAGCAGGAGGAUGUCUAUUUCGAAAAUAGCACGAUCUACGACAACCCGAUGAACUCGCCGCAAAUGUCUCGCCGACUGGAGACAGAUUACAGCUACAUGGUGCCGUUCUAUCAGAACGACGAGUCCAGAGAUUCGUCACCGACGAAAACCUACACCAGAGCGUCCCUCGGCGACGAUAUUCCUGUCCUAGCGCACGGCUCGCGGCGGCCAAUGUCCAGAGAGCCUAUUCUAGACGACCAGAUCCAACAGGAGAACAAGCGCCAUCUUCAGCCGUACAAUGCCCUGCCUCGUUCCAGAGAGCAGACAGAGCCCACACAGCUUCAGGAAGUCAGCGUUGCCAAAUUUGUCAACGGCGCCGUGCGGGUCUCCUCGGGCACUUUGCCAGAUCCUAAACCGGCCAAGCCAGACAUGGACGCCGUGAUCAGCCACUUCAAGCUGGAAAGAGAGCGCGCGCUGGCCGAGCGAGACGCAGCGUUGCAAGAGCUCGACAGAAUCAAGUCAGUCCAGACAGAGCUCGAGGACGAAACUAUGAGCAACAAGCUUGCCCAGUUCCUCAAGAGUCUGUCGUCGACAAUCAACACGCUGGAGUCGCACGUGGAAAAAGAUUUGGACGACGAGGUGAGAAAACUGCGCUCAGACAUGGCCCAGGCGCAGAAGGACAAAAUGGAAGCCAUGUUCAACGCAGGCGAAUAUUUGCGCGAAUGCAACAAAAAGGACACUCUUCUGCGGCAGAUCAAGCCGCAGCUCAUAUAUCUCUACCAGGAGCUGCUGGUUCCCUUCGUGAAUUGCGGAGUUGCCGACAGCCUGGUGGACGGUACGCAGAAACACGAGAUACUGAAACUGUACGACUCCUUGGUGAUGGGGCCGCACAGCUCGCCACAAACCGUGAGCGGCAGCCAUGGUAGCCAUGCGUUUGACUACCAGCAAUUUUCCGAGCUGAAUAGCAAGCUGACGGAAUACUUUGCAGACCUCGCGCUGGCUCUCAGGAACCUGGAAAUUGUCAAGAGGCCGAUCGACGCGCCCAUUUAA